AGUUUCUGGAAUUUGACACUGUGUUAAAAUGGCUGAUAUCUAAAUCUUGUAGAAUUUUCUUUGUUUUCAUUAAAGUUUUAAGUUGUUUAAAAGUGUUUGUAGAGUGGCCAGUGGUUAAAUUCAACAAUAUAAUUGGGAUAUAAACGGUUGAGAGUGCAGCAAUCCGCCUAGUUGUCGUGUAAACGGAAUUAAUGUGUUAAGUGUUGUUAAAUUCCUCUACAUAGAACGAGAUAGAUUGACACUUUAAAAUCUGUCAAUUGUUUCGUUUAAGCCUACUUCUAUUUUGCAAAUCGUCAAGCGUCGUGGAACCCUAAACGCGUCACAUCAACGUCCGAUGCGCUGAGCUCUUGGCAUGCAGCUGGCCGGACGCGACCCAGCCUCGGUCCCCCUCCGCCGCUUUGAGAUGACCGCCCCGCCCGCCGCCGCCUAAGGCUCGGGGGGCUCGGCUCGGGCCCAGCAUGGGCCAGCAGCCCAGGCCUCAGCACACCGCCGCGAUGAACCAGAGCAACCAGAACCAAGCGCCCGCCCGGUCGCCGGGCUACCACCAGAAGGCCAUGGAGGAGAUCCAGAACUCCCUGCGGCCGUUCGCCAAGUCGGGCAGCGACGCGGCCAGCACCAUCAGCACCUUCUCCGCCACCAGCGGGGUGAGCUCGCUGAGCUCCACCUCCGGCGGCGGGGGCAACGACAAGGACCUCUCCCUCAGGCAGCUGGGAUAUCCGGAGAUGUCGAACGGCCGCUUCGACAUGCAACUCGACUGCCUGAAGCAGCCGAUGGACGGGCAGAAGCCGAACGGCGGCGGCGGCGGCGGCUACACGAAGCUGAUGCGCAAGCCGAGCAUCGAGCGCGAGCUCGCCCUGCCGCGCGGCAGCCCCGCCCUCGACAGCGGCGCCGGCUCGUCGCGCUCGGACAGCCCGCGCCUCGCCGACCUGCACUCCGUCUCGCGCUACUCGCCCUCCUUCAACGAGCCGCCGCCGCCGCCGCCCCCGAGGAACACGCCGCCCCCGCCGCCGCCGCACGUGCCCUCCAACGUGCAGCAGUACUUCAAGCGGAUGUCGCCGGCGCCGGGCCUGCCGAGCAGGGCGCCGGCGGCGGCGCCCGCCUACGGCGGCGCGCAGCGAGGGAACAGUCCCGUGAGCGGCGGCGGCGGCGCCGGCAGGCAGCCCAUGGUGGUGCAGAACGGUCCGCAGGUGCAACAGCAGCUGUCGCAGCAAAUGCAAGCGUUGAGUCUGUACCAAUCGAGCAGCAACUCGACGGCGGAACCGCCCCCUCCUUACCCGCUGAUAAGUCCGUCGAACGCGCCGCCCCCGCCGUCCUACUCCGCCUCCAUACAGAACCGCCAAAGUCCCACGCAGGACUUCAGGAAGAGCCCGUCGUCGGGCAUCUACUCGGGCAGCACCUCCGCCGGCUCUCCCAGUCCCGUGCCCGCGUCGACGGUCGCCGCCCCCGCCGCCGUGGCGCGGCCGCAGCCGCUGCAGGCGUGGAGCGCCCGCCAGGCCGUCUCGCAGCCGCCGAUAAUCAUGCAGUCGGUGAAGAGCACGCAGGUGCAGAAGCCGGUGCUGCAGACCGCCACCGCGCCGCAGAUCCCCGCCUCGCCGACCAGCACGACGCCGCCGCCGCCGCCGUCGUACACCGCGUCGAUCCAGCAGCAGAAGGGCGCGAAGCCGGCCGCGCCGCCGCCUCCGCAGACGGCGGCGCCGGCGGCCGUGCCCACCACCGAGCCGCCGAGCUACGCGUCCACCAUGCAGGCCAAGGUGAAGGCGAGGGGGAUGCUGCCGCCGCCGUACCCGGACGAGAGCCAUCCGGCGGCGCAGGUGUACACGGUGGAGAGCGCCAUGUCGCCGCGCAGCGCCGCGCUCGUGCAUCCGCCGCUGCAGAGGAAGUACUCGCCGGGCGUGCCGCAGGGCGAUUGCCGGUCGGACAGUCCGCAGUCGGCGUCGUCGGCGGACGGCCGGUUGGCCUACUCCACGGACAACGGGGCGCCGCCCUUGCCACCUACCGCAUCGUCCUCGGUCAAGAACAACAACAACCUGAACAACAACCACGCGACUAGCAACAACAACCACAACGCGAACACGAACGGCGACAGCAAAAACAGCGACACGCCGCCGCAGCUGCCGCCCUACACGAAAAUCAAGCACCAAUCCCCGAUCCCGGAGCGCAAAAAAAUCAGCAAGGAGAAAGAAGAAGAGCGCAGGGACGGCAAGGUGAAGAACUACUCGCCGCAGGCGUUCAAGUUCUUCAUGGAGCAGCACAUCGAGAACGUGAUCAAGUCCUACAGGCAGAGGGUGUUCCGCAGGAUACAGCUGGAGAAGGAGAUGACCAAAAUAGGGUUAAGUGCGGACGCGCAGCAGCAAAUGCGCAAGAUGCUGUCGCAGAAGGAGUCCAACUACAUCAGGCUGAAGCGCGCCAAGAUGGACAAGAGCAUGUUCGUGCGCAUCAAGCCCAUCGGGGUGGGGGCUUUCGGGGAGGUGACGUUGGUGAGGAAAAUCGACACGAACCACCUGUACGCCAUGAAGACGCUGCGCAAGGCGGACGUGCUGAAGAGAAACCAGGUGGCGCACGUCAAAGCCGAGAGGGACAUUUUGGCCGAGGCGGACAACGAGUGGGUGGUCAAGUUGUAUUACUCCUUUCAGGACAGCGAUAUUCUCUACUUCGUGAUGGAUUACAUACCGGGGGGAGAUCUGAUGUCGCUGCUCAUCAAGCUGGGGAUUUUCGAGGAGAGAUUGGCCAGGUUUUACAUUGCAGAGUUGACUUGCGCAGUGGACAGCGUGCACAAGAUGGGCUUCAUCCAUCGCGACAUCAAACCCGACAACAUUUUAAUCGACAAAGACGGCCACAUAAAACUGACGGACUUCGGGCUGUGCACCGGCUUCAGGUGGACGCACAACUCCAAGUAUUAUCAACCGAACGGCGACCACAACCGGCAGGACUCGAUGGACCCGAUCGACGACUGGUCGGAGGAGUGCAAGUGCAAGAACAUGAAGCCGCUGGAGCGGCGGCGCAGGCGCGAGCACCGCUGCCUGGCGCACUCGCUGGUCGGCACGCCCAACUACAUCGCGCCCGAGGUGCUGCAGCGCACCGGCUACACGCACGUGUGCGACUGGUGGAGCGUCGGCGUCAUCCUCUACGAGAUGCUGGUGGGGCAGCCGCCCUUCCUGGCCAACACGCCCGCCGAGACGCAGUACAAGGUGAUAAACUGGGAGACGACCCUGCAGAUCCCGAAGCAGGCGAACCUGUCUAAGGAGAGCACCGACCUGAUCCUGAAGCUGUGCUGCAGCUCGGACAAGCGCCUGGGCAAGAACGCCAGCGAGGUGAAGUCGCACCCGUUCUUCUCGGACAUCGACUUCGACAAGGGCCUGCGCAAGCAGCCGGCGCCGCACAAGCCGCGCAUCGAGUACCCCACCGACACCUCCAACUUCGACCCGAUCGACCCGGACAAGCUGCGCAACGGCGCCUCGGUCGACCCGUCCGACCCGGACGACAUGUUCGACGACUCGAAGCUGUUCCACGGGUUCUUCGAGUUCACGUUCCGGCGGUUCUUCGACGACGGCGGCGCGCCCACCUUCAACAGCAAGAUCAACCUCGACGACAACGAUAAUCAGGGGGGGCCGGUCUACGUUUAGCUGCGCAGAUUAUGCUGGAAUUUAUGUGGGUAUGUACGUAUUCGUUGGAGUGGGUCGAAUAUCCGAUUUUUUGCGGUUUUAUUUGCUUAUACGCGGUAGCAAAAAUAUUAAUCUUUGAGGUGAAAAUAGCUAUUUACAUACCAUGGGAGGAAAAUAUUGCAUUUCCUCCCGCGAAUAGUUUGAUGCCCGACACGAAGCGAAGGGCAUUAAAUAUUCAAGGGAGGAAAUGCAUUUUUCUCCUGAGGUAUGUAUAUAGUUUUUUCUAUUACCUUUUAACGGUUUUAAGACAUUUUAAGCGUUCCGGUUCCUUUUACUUACCCGGUAUGGGGCUAUAAAAUUAUGACAAAAUAUUAAGUAGGUUUUGCGUCGCCGACGUUAUGUUGACAACGCUUUGUUGCUAUGGUAUUUUUGGUAAUACCAACAUAACACUUUUUAUAAGCUGUCAUAAUGUUUAUCAUAAAUUUAAUAGUUGUAAUUAAUUUCCUUCCUUAAAAAUCUAAAAUAAUGAAUAUGAAUAUAGUUUGUUAAAAGAAUGUUAAAAGAAUGGUUGGACAAGCGCGGAGUAAAUCUUUUUCCUACAAAAUCAAAUAAAGCUAGACAAGGUACAAAAACUCUUGCCAAUAUAAAUUUAAAAAAAAAGAGGGAGGAAUUUUUUUUUCCUCCCGGGGAGGAAAAGAGGCAUUUUCCUCCCUCGCUCGGGGGUGGAAAAUUAAGUUUUCUAGUAAGGUAGUAGAAAAAAUUAUUUGCAGUAACAAAAUAAUAUGUUGGAAAUUUUAUUUUCCACAAAAAAGGUUAAAAAUUAUCUUAUUUUUACAAAAAUUUACCUAUUUUAUAAGUAAAAAUUUAUUUUAAUAGAUUAUGUUGGUAAAUUUAAUUUUUUACAAAAAAUACAUCAAAAUAUAUAAAAAACAAAUUUUUACUAAUAAAAUAAGUAAAUUUUAUUGAUUUUUGGAAAGUUAUAUAAUUGUAAAAAUAUGUAAAUGAUAAUUAAACCAAAAAACAAAUUAAAUCAUUUUUCGAAAUUCCGCACCGUUUUUAUUUUUUUUUUUGGUACCUUUUUACAAAAAAGUGAGUUAUGACGUAAAUAUUGUAAUUUCAGAAAAUCGCGAUUCUACCGCACAAUUGUCUUUUUUUACUAAAAUUUACCAGAAUACAUAAAAAUAUAUAUAAAAACAUUUAAAAGAAAAAUUGAUAGCUCAAUAUAGGUUUUUUUGAAACUUAAAAUGUAUUCUCUUAAAAACGAAAAUAUUCCAAUAUUCCAGAAAAGGUUGAAUUUAUGAAGUAAAUAUUGUAAUUUCAGAGAAAAAUCGCUAUUUUACCACACAAUUGUAUUUUUUUACUAAAAUUUACAUAUUUUAUGAGUAAAAAUUUGUUUUCAUAAAUUUAGUUGGUAAAUUAUUUUUUUACAAAAAAAGUCAAAAUAUAUAAUAAAAAAAUGUUACUAUUAUAAUAAAUACAUUUUAUAACCAAUUCAAACAGCGU